AUGUCUGCAAAACCAGAGCUUCCUUUCGGAUACUUGGGUCCCCAAGAAAAAUUUACCGAGUUUGGGCUGGCCACACAGAGUCACCCAGACCCGGAAAUUGUGGCCCAGGACAACCAGUUGGAGAUCACCCUGAAGAUGGCAAAACCUGUCAAAGUCACAUGCAAUUUGAUUUCUUGCAGCAAUGAGAAGGAAACACCGGAGUACGUCUUCACCCAAACCUUGGACAAGACCAUUACCCUCGUCAUUCACUUUCCUGAAUCGGGUUACUAUAAACUACAGCUCUACGCUUUACCUCUUACCGACGAAAGCAAGACCUUGCCGGGUGUCUACAACUACCUGGUGCACGUGAAGCGAGCCUUGAACGCUGCUUACCCGUUUCCAAAGCAAUAUGCCCAGUGGAAAGAAGGUUGCUACCUUUACGAACCGUUGGUAUUGCAUUCAGGCUGUCGUCUGUCAAACGUGUCAUUCAAGUGUCACAUACCCGAAGCCAACGCCGUAGCGGUUGUCGUCGAGGGCGAAUGGGCCCAUCUGGAGAAAGAUUCCAGCAACAACUGGACCGGCAAGGUACCCCUGGACCAGUACCGGAACAAGAACGUGAAGUUUGUCUAUCUAUCUAUCUAUCUAUCUAUCUAUCUAUCUAUCUAUCUAUCUAUCUAUAUGUCUGUCUAUUUGUCUGUCUAUCUAUCUGAUUUGAUGAUCAUUAUUAUUAUUCAUGAUUUUCAACCCGUAUCCUAUCGACUUCUUUUUUUCUUUUGCUCCUCUCUUUCUUUCUUUCUUUCUUUCUUUCUUUCUUUCUUUCUUUCUUUUUCUCAUCUCCUCUUCUCUCUGUCCAUCCUCCUAGUCUCUUCGAUUCCUUCUUCCUGGUGUUCCCACCUUUUUUCCACCCCUGAUACUACUUACAUCUUAAAUCCCUUUUCCUUCUUUCACACUUCUUAUUAUCUUACAUCUUUUCCCCCUCUCUUUUCAUCCACUAAUAUUUCUUGCUCCUCUUUUCUUUUUGUCUGCCUCCACUCAGUAUUUUUCUAUCUUCUUUUGCUUCUAUCCGUCUUCUUUUUGCAAUUUCCCUUUUGUCUUAAUGAUCAUUCUCUUUUUGUUUUCUCUUCUCACUUUUCUCUUAACACAUUCCCCACCUAUCUUUCUUUCUUUCUCUCAAUCAAUCAAUCUAUCUAUCUAUCUAUCUAUCUAUCUAUCUAUCUAUCUAUCUAUCUAUUAGCAAGAUUUAUAAAUGCGUCACAUAGAAAAUUCUUCUAUCCUUCUUUCUUCUCUUCCUUUGCCUAUCUUUUUAACAUAUAUUUCUAUCUCCUCGCUUUUCCUUUUUUCCCUUCUUUUUUGCCGUCUUUCUUUUCUUUUAUCCCUUCUUUUAUUCCGCUUUUACGCUUUUAUCCUUUCCUCUAUACCUCCUCCUUGUUUCAUCAUUUAUCGUUUCGUUCGUCCUCUCUAGUUCCUUUCAUUCUCUGUUUCACUUUCUCUCUCCUUUUUUAUCGUUUUUUUUUCUUUCUAUCUUCCUCUCGCUGUUAUUUGCUUACGUAA